GUAUAUAUUAUUAUGUAUUGCACAUAUUAAAUAUUAACGUGUUUACAUCGCGGAGACAAAACGGUUGUCUUUCUCUUUAAGAUAAUAAUAAUAUAAUAUAUUUUAUUUUUCCGCUGCCCACGUCUUCGUCGGUCCUCCUCGUCGAGUGCACACCACACACGCAUCACUGCAGCAGAGCUGUCGUUCGGCCGACCGACGGACGACUCUCGCGAGUUCGGUAGCUUGCAAAAAGUGGGCCGAAUACGUUCGUCUCCGAGUACGAUACACAGAUAAGUGCGCACGAUUGCAAUACAAUAUAUUUAAUACAUUAUAAUAUUUUUGUAAUUCGAUGUUGUAAUUCUGAUAUUAUUUAUUUAUUAAAACUACUAUAAAAUGUAAAAAAAAUAUUUUCAAAUACCUCAGCAGUUAUGUGGUUGUUGCGUUGAGUGAUCUUCAAUAAUCACCUGGCAUAUCUGUCGACCUACGGAUGAAAACGCUCGCGAGUUCGAUAGUUUGAAAGCGGGCUGAGUGUACGUGCGAGUUAUACACUGAUAGGUGCUCACGAUUGCAGUACAAUAAUAUUAUACUUUUUGGGACAUUUUCCCGUGAUUUUAUUCGCUGUUUGCUGAAGUAAGACAGUGGCGUGUUUUGCAUAGAAUUAUACAAAGCUUUGCCACACGUUUAUGUGGCAUUUCGAGAGGAUACCAUCGCAUCAGAAACACCGUUGAUUAUUGCAUUUUGAAAAAACAAUAGCUGAAGUCUCCAUUUUGAAGUCGAGCGCAACAUCAAAAUAUUGUCCAGACCAGAUUUCAAUAUUUUAGAGUUUUCUACAAUUUGAUGGGUUACGUAAUGCUCAGUACGUUUCGACAGCGUUCUCGGUGAUGAGGUGCGUGGUGGGGAAUUCUAUAGUAAAGUGUUCAUCGGCACGAUGGUGGACAUCAACCGAGAUAAUAACAAUGCCGUCGCUGGCAAAGGCAUACUGAAACGUCGAAUUUUCGUCCGGAACGAUAGGUCACCCCAACAGUCAACCGCGGCGGUGGCCAAACCACUUCAAGACGGCGGCUGCUGUCUGGCGGACACUUGCAAACGGUGCGUAACGUUCGACGAAACGAUCACGAUAAAGAACGACAAAGACUUAGUGGUCAAGAAGCCGCUAAAGCUGGAACUAGUCAUCGACAACUGGAAGUCGAAUGUAGCGAAAACGCCACCCGAAACGAUUCAGCCCGAUCCCGGGAUCGUCAGACGUCUAGUCGACGAGUUCAACACUAUUGAAGAAAAAGCCAUAGCAGUAAAGUUAACUGCUGACGGAAAACCGUCUUUACACGGUCGUUCGCAAAGUUCCGGCAAGGUAACCGAUCUUAUAAAUAUGUUCAAUUCGAAAUCAACCAAAGGCAAAACUGAAGAGCUCGAAAUGAAAUUCAUCGAUUUUUGACAGUAUUAAAUCCCUACUACAAUAUAAAUAUAAUUUUAAAAACUUCGUUGGAGUCGACUCCCCCCUUACCCUACCGGCACGACUGAAAUUUGGAAUUUUAUUCUGUAUGAGUACGAUAUUUUUGGAAUUUUACUUUUGUUCGUUUUAAAGUAUUGUAACAACCUCCCUCAAAACCAUAUAAUAAUUAUAUUAUCAGUUAAUAUACAAACAUUUCAUGCAUAUUAAUAAUUGUCAGGGAUAGUUCAAAUUGUUAAGAAUAAUAACGGCUGUUCAUUAUUUACCAAAUUAUAUUAAUAUUACACCUAAUUUCAUAAUGUACAACAAUUUUCUUUUAAAACAUG